GGCAGCCUGCUUGUCCCUGCAGCCUCGUCCCAGGCCUCGGUGACACAGCAGCAUGGCCACAGCCAACGACAGGGCCGUCCUGCAGACCAUCUUUAACCCCAGCACCCCUUUUGGGGAUAUCCCAGGCUUGGAUGAGGAGGAGGAGGAUGUCCAGGACGAAGUGGAAGCUUUUCCGUUGGAGCUGCUGGAUCAAGUCCGGGAGCUGGAGCUGCAGGGGGUUUCUGCGGCUGAGUCGGGAGACAUAAGCACGGCCCUGGAGCGGUUCAGCGAGGCCAUUCGCCUGCUGCCCGAGCGCGCCUCGGGCUACAAUAACCGCGCCCAAGCGCUCCGCCUGCGCGGAGACGUGGCAGGUGCGCUGCGGGACCUGGACGCUGCCAUCCGGCUGAGCCGCGGCCGCGGCCGCGCCGCCUGCCAGAGCUUCGUGCAGCGCGGCCUCAUCCACCGGCUGCAGGCGCGGGACGAGGACGCGCGGCGGGACCUGGAGCGCGCAGCGCGCUUGGGCAGCGCCUUCGCCCGGCAGCAGCUGGUGCUCCUCAACCCCUACUCUGCGCUCUGCAACCAGAUGCUCUGCGAGAUGCUCGGCCGGCUGCGCAACCCCGAUGGAGCCGGAAGCGACUGAGAAGGGAGGAGAUGGGCCGGGCAGCGAGCGGGCCGGGCAGAGCCGUGCUCCUGAGCUGCCCGGGCAGACAUGUCCUGGGGCCAGAAAAGGUCCACCUCAGGUGCCAGAGCUCCUGUUCUGGUACUGGAGAGUACCAAAGCACAUUGCUGUUUGUCUCGCUCUGCUCCACCCCAAAUAAAGCUCCCUCUGUUCCCA